AUGAAAACGCAUUAUCUUAGCGAUCAACAUCAGUAUAUAUUAUCUCUCAAAACUGCUGAAUAUAUUGAUCCAAAACAUCGACAAGCACAGAUUGAGAAUUGUUUGGAAAUAACGAAAAAUGAACAUAGAGAAUUACAUGAAACUAUGAAUAACAUUUUACCAGCCAUGGAAACUUUAUCAUUGAAUCAAGAACGUAUAAAACUUGAAGCGAGUAAUAUCAAAACAAUUAUUGAACAGAAUCAACGAAAUAUGGAUGAGUUAAAAAAACAAUCCAAUGAAAACAAAAAACCCCUAGAAGAAUCAGUAGAAAAACAAAGUCAAUUACAAACAGAUAUGAAUAAUAUUAAACAAGCGACUGGAAAAGAUCCAGUUUUAAUAUUAGAUAAAGAUUGUACUGCAACUCUCCCUUUUAAUUCUCCAAAUACGUUACCUUUUUCACUGGAUCCAGUAAAAAUUAUAACUUCGAAAUAUGGUUAUCCAUUUACAAUACGUCUAUGCUCAACAAAUGAAUCCAAUCGAGAUUAUCUAUCGAUUUUUCUUACUUUACACCGUGGAAAAUAUGAUAAUCUUAUACCAUAUCCGUUUAAAUACAAUAUUCAUUUUAUUUUAUGGGAUCAAUCGAAUCAACAAAAUCAUAUUGAAUAUAUUCUAAAACCAGACGCCAAUUCAUCUUCGUUUGCUCGACCUAUACAAGAAAAAAAUGAUGAAUAUGGUAUAAUUAAAUUUUGCCUACUUGAAUAUCUUACCGAUACACAAAGUAUUUAUGUUAAAGAUGGAAUAUUUUUCAUCCGGGUAUUUGUGGACAUUUUAAAUACUGGGAAAAAUCCAUUUCAAACGAAGAGCAGCAUGGAUAAUACUGAAAUGAUCUGUACAUAA